AAAAAAAAAAAAAAAAAAAAAAAAAAAAACCUGCUGUGUAAUCUUGCCUCCACUGCCACUGUAAAGAGAAGUUUAAUCAAAAUAAAUACAAAUAAAUAAAUAAAAAUGCCGGAUUAUUUAGGAACCGAGCAGCGCAAAGUCAAAGAGGAGGAAAAGGAUGACGGGCCAAUUCGAGCUUUGGAUGAAGGAGACAUCGCUCUUCUAAAGACUUACGGUCAGAGCACGUACUCUCGUCAGAUCAAGCAAGUAGAGGACGACAUCCAGCAGCUCCUCAAGAAGAUCAACGAGCUCACAGGCAUUAAGGAGUCGGAUACGGGGUUGGCUCCGCCUGCGCUGUGGGACCUGGCUGCGGAUAAACAGACGCUGCAGAGUGAACAGCCGCUGCAGGUGGCCAGGUGCACGAAGAUCAUCAACGCCGACUCGGAGGAUCCGAAGUACAUCAUUAACGUCAAGCAGUUUGCCAAGUUCGUGGUGGAUCUGAGCGAUCAGGUCGCCCCGACUGACAUCGAGGAAGGGAUGAGAGUUGGCGUCGACAGGAACAAGUACCAGAUCCACAUCCCACUGCCGCCCAAAAUCGACCCCACUGUGACUAUGAUGCAGGUGGAGGAGAAGCCGGACGUGACCUACAGCGACGUCGGAGGUUGUAAAGAGCAGAUCGAGAAGCUCAGGGAAGUGGUGGAGACCCCGCUGCUGCAUCCGGAGCGGUUUGUGAACCUGGGCAUCGAGCCUCCUAAAGGCGUGCUGCUGUUCGGACCUCCGGGAACCGGGAAAACCCUGUGCGCUCGUGCCGUGGCCAAUCGCACGGACGCCUGCUUCAUCAGAGUCAUCGGCUCCGAGCUGGUCCAGAAGUACGUGGGAGAGGGCGCUCGUAUGGUUCGGGAACUGUUCGAGAUGGCCAGGACCAAGAAGGCGUGCCUCAUCUUCUUUGAUGAAAUCGAUGCUAUCGGAGGAGCGCGUUUUGAUGACGGCGCUGGAGGAGAUAACGAGGUUCAGAGGACCAUGCUGGAGCUCAUCAACCAGCUGGACGGCUUCGACCCCAGAGGAAACAUCAAGGUCCUGAUGGCCACCAACCGACCCGACACUCUGGACCCGGCUCUCAUGAGACCCGGUCGUCUGGACCGAAAGAUCGAAUUCAGCCUGCCUGACCUGGAGGGCCGCACUCACAUCUUCAAGAUUCACGCUCGCUCCAUGAGCGUAGAGAGAGACAUCCGGUUCGAGCUGCUGGCUCGCCUCUGUCCCAACAGCACAGGCGCGGAGAUCCGGAGCGUGUGCACGGAGGCGGGCAUGUUCGCCAUCAGAGCUCGCAGGAAAAUCGCCACGGAGAAAGAUUUCCUCGAAGCCGUGAACAAAGUCAUCAAGUCCUACGCCAAGUUCAGCGCCACCCCGAGAUACAUGACCUACAACUAAACCCGCGUUCGCUUCCCGGGAGAAACGCUCAAACUGUGCGUUUCGUCAUCGCCCCGUUCUUUUCUUUGGUGUGUUAAUAAAUAAAUAAAUACAUACAUAAAUACCA